AUGAAUUUAUUAAAAAAAUAUCAUCAUGGCAACAUAAAUAAUAAGAAAGUUGUCAAUAAUUAUCGUCGAUCAGUAUUUGCCGAAAAUUACCGCAAAAUUACCGAACAUAACUUGGAAGCCAAACGCGGAACUCAUACGUAUACUAUGGGUGUCAAUGCGUUCAGCGAUUGGACUAGUAAGGAAUUUUUGGAAAAAUUUACAACAAAAAUGCCAUCGACUGAUAUCCAGAAAUUACGUCCGACUAAUGUUACAAAUGUUGGAGAUUCUAAUUUACCUGAUCAUUUUGAUUGGCGUACCCGGGCCAUUGUUGGUGGAGUCAAAAAUCAAGGCAGUGUAUUGCGGAUCAUGUUGGGCAUAUGCUACAGUAGCCAUUUUAGAAACACGUUUGGCCAUAAAACGCAACUACCAAUUAGCACGGACGGUAGUAAGCGGGCAGCUUUUGUAGGUACCAAUUUGGCCCAAUUGCAGGGCGAGGAUGCUAUGAAAUGGUCGAUCUAUACCAACGGGCCUAUUUAUGUGCAUAUUACGGUCAACGAUAAUUUUCAACAUUAUCAACAAGGUACAUUUAACGAUCCGGGUUGUAAUCAGCAACCAAUAAAUCAUGCGGUAGCCAUAAUUGGUUACGAUAAUGAUUUUUGGAUUAUUAAAAAUUCCUGGAGUGACCAGUGGGGUUGGAAUGGUUAUAUAAAUUUUGCCCGGGGCCAGAAUAUGUGCCGGGUCAACGAGUAUCCUCUACAGCACAACCUAGUGGCCAAUCGUACACCACUACCACCGAAACCCUCAUACGAUUAUAUAGUAGUCGGCUCCGGUAGUGCCGGUGCUAUUGUCUCGUGUCGACUAUCCCAAUGGGGUUGGGAUGUCCUGUUGCUUGAGUCAGGCGGUCCGCCUAAUGCACUGAUAGAUGAUAUCCCGGGCCUGUCAUUUGGGACCAGAUAUACACCGAUACAUUUGUUGGCCAAAAAUUUUCGCCAAUACAAUCUGCAGCCACAGCCCAAUGCCGGUCAGUCCUAUCCAAACAAACAGAUACCUGAAUACAAAGGUCAUGGUUUAGGUGGUGGCUCUACUGUUAACGGUAUGGUCUAUAAUAGAGGUAAUCGCAAAUACUAUGAUAUGUUAGCCGAUAAAUACGGUGCCAUUGGUUGGGAUUACGCGAGUGUUUUGCCAGUAUUUAAACUAAUGGAAAACAAUACCGACCCCCGGGUUAUGGAUGAAUAUCACGGCCGACAGGGACCGGUACGAGUGUCCACAGCAAGCGAUCCGUAUCCUAUAUAUUUGAAACUAGCCGAAGCUGCUGCCCGUGACUGGGGACUGGACUAUACGGAUAUCAAUGGUCCAAAUCAAACUGGGUUUACAAUUGCACAGUCGACCAGUGCCCGGGGUUUAAGAUCAUCGACUUUGACGGCUUACUUGGAAAGUGGUUUAUGUCCACAGUUGACUAUAGUUACUGGAGCUCAGGUAUCCAAAAUAAUAAUCACACGUAACAACAACAACAACAACAAAGGUCAAGCAUCACCACCACAAGCACAGGGAGUUGAAUUUGUCAAACAAUUUCAAGUACAUAAAGUAAUGGCUAAACGGGAGGUCAUAGUAUCGGCAGGACCUAUACUAAGUCCACAGUUGCUAAUGUUGUCGGGCGUGGGUCCCGUCCGACACUUACGGGAUACGGGUAUUCGGGAAAUAUAUGCCGAUCUACCCGGUGUCGGGUCAAACUAUUGCGAUCAGGUACGGGUUGUACACGAGUUUCCACUACGUGGUGAACCUGGUUUACUAGGCCAGUCAGCACCAUCACUGGCCAACAUUGACCAGUUAUACGAGGCCAGUGUCCAUGGCAGGGGUCCAUUGGGGCAAUACCCGGUCGGUAUACUAUCAUGGUCUACCAGGGAUAAUCUGGACCCUACCUAUCCUAAUCUACAGAUAAUGGCUACACCUAUGCCCAGGGGUAGUCUAUCGGCGUAUUCGUUGCAAUCGAUAGGACAGGUAGGCGAUUGGACAUUGAAAAAACAACUGGCCGCAUAUAGUUUGCAAAUGGCUUCCACAGAUUUUCUAGUAUUUGUUACCGGUUUGGUACGGCCCAGUAGUUGCGGUUCGGUACGACUGGCCACCAGCCACUGGUCAGAUCAGCCACUACUGGAUCCCCGGCUAUUAUGGCAACCUAUUGAUCGGCAACGGCUACGGCAGGCAUUGACAGAUGCCUAUCGUUUUGUUGAGACUACUAGUUUCGGUCGAUAUGUUAGGAUACCUACACUACCGAUACCUCCGUGUAGAUACUGUUCCCCACCAUCGGGUAGUACUGGUGGUGGUAUUCCUGUAUAUCAAUGCCAAAGUUAUUUGGAUUGUCUAAUGAAACAAUGGGCCGGCACUGAGAUGCAUCCGGUGGGUACAUGUCGUAUGGGUGACCCCGGGCGCAGGGAUACUGUAGUCGAUCCACGAUUGCGUGUCAAAGGUGUCCGCGGGUUGCGUGUAGUCGACUCGUCCGUCUAUCCCGAGGUAAUCAAUGCCAAUACAAAUGCCGGGGCAAUGUUGGCCGGGGAGAUGGGCGCCCGAUUCAUACAUGAAGAUAAUCAAUAA